UUUGUUUACCGUAUUCUUUAAUUGGUUAUAUAAUGGUGCCACUUGUUUCUUCUGAGACCCUGUCCUUACACUUUGGUAACUUGCAUAAAGUAAUAGAGAUACGGUGCCAGUCUAGAACCACUUGUGUUACCUUUAUCAUGUAAAUAUCUUUUAUUUCAGGUAAGCAUAUAUAUUCAGGCGAGAGGAGGAGUAACUUAAAUUGUAGGUGACCCCAGCUAUAUAUACGGGUGAAUUGGUAGCCCUGCUAAUGUGGGUGCUAUAUAAAGAAAUGCAUUAGGCAUAAAGCAUCCAUCUCUGACAAAAUGGAUAUUAGUGAAGUUGCUGGAACAGAUAAAUAAUUUGCCACCCAAACAUAUGAAAGCUAUAAAAAACAAUGGAGGAGGGUACCUCAACCAUGCACUUUAUUGGACAGUACUGGCACCAAACCCUAAUAAUGAAUAUCGACACCCAGAGGGUAAAAUAGCAGAGGAUAUAAUGAACACAUUUGGAAACUUCUCAAUUUUCAAGAAUAUAUUUACGGAUGUGUCAAGUUCCUACUUCGGUUCAGGAUAUGUGUGGCUCUGCCGUGAUUUUAACAUCGGACACGGCUCUCACUUAAUGAUAGCGACUACCGCCAACCAGGACUUCCCUCUCUCUGAGGGACUUCACCCAAUUCUGGGCAUCGAUCUAUGGGAGCAUGCGUACUACCUGAAGCACC